AUGUUAGAAUCGUUUAAAAUUUUAUUUUCCCUUACUCCGACUUUUGCUUCCACUAUCGUUAAUCAUUUUGUAAAAGGUCCUCCACAACCAUCCUGGGAUAUUCAAUUCCAUAUAUUUGUUGUAGCCCUAAAAGUUUUAUUUGAAAAUAGUGUCGCAAAAACUGUUGAAUAUUCUCAAAAAGUCACUGCAAAAGGUCCCUUCUUAUCUAAAAAAUUUAAAGAAGAUGAAAUAGUAAUUCCAAACCAAUUUAGGAAAAAAGCUCAACCUUAUAUUGAACAGGUUAUCAAAGAGUAUGAACAUAUAUUAGAUGAUGAAUGGAAACAAUUUGAAAAUGAUGAUAAAGUAUUAAAUGCCAAAUGGAUUUAUUCUAAAAAACAAGGAUUUAAACGAAGCCAAGAAAAUUUAAGAGUAAUACUUUAUUUACAUGGAGGUGCCUAUUGCAUUUGUGGUAUAGAUUCUCAUCGACCAAUCACUACUAAUUUAGCUAAAGAAACCGAUGCAUUAGUAUUUGGCAAGUCAAUAGAUUAUAGAUUAUCCCCUCAAAGUCAAUUUCCAGCUGGAUUACAUGACACGAUAGCUGCCUAUCUCUAUCUUAUCAAUCCUCCAGAAGACGCCGAUUUUGAACCAAUUGAUCCUAAAAGAAUUGUUAUUAUGGGGGAUAGUGCUGGUGGUGGAUUAGCUUUAGCCACCUUAUUAACACUUAGAGAUACUGGAUUACCGAUGAUGGCUGGAUCGGUUUGUUUGUCUCCAUGGGUAGACUUAACUCAUAGCAUGCCUUCAAGAUUGGAUCCUCGUUUUGAUCACACUGAUUACAUCCCAAAUUGUUUCGGUGAUCUUCCACCUUCACCUGCUUUUAAUGAAUAUAAGAGAAAAGCUAAAAAAUUAUCGAGCCGUAUAAAAUCAGAAACCCAAUCUCCAAUUUGGGAUGAAUCAUUUAAUUGCGAUGAAAGAAUGCAUCUGUAUGUAAACAAUGAAGCAUUGGGAAUACAGUUUGUUAGUCCAAUAUGUGCAGAAAGUUUAGCAGGGUUACCUCCCAUGUUAAUCCAAGCUGGAGAUUGCGAAAAACUUCGCGAUGAAGCAAUUUAUUUCUCAUUCAAAGCAAGUCAACCCGAUAAAUAUAAAUUACCCACAUAUAAUGCAGGAAAAUUCGAACGAUCACCUUUUAAAACGCCAACUAAUGUUACAUUGGAAAUUUACGAAGAUAUGCCUCACGUGUUUCAGUUAUUCGAUUUUUCCAAACCUGCGAAAAUAUCGACUCAACAUAUUGGCGAAUACAUUAAAAAGCUUAUAUCGCACACUACGUCCUCCUCCUUUAAUUCCUCUAAUGAUUUAUUACCUUCGUUAGAUUUUACCAAAAGCUCAUAUUCGUUUAUAACAACUAAAGGCAAAACAUUACCCCUUAAUAAUGAACACAUGGAGGUAUUAGAGUGGACGGAAGUAGGUAAAAUGAGAAGACCUUAUUUUAAAAAACCAGUAAAUAAUUCGUAA